AUGGCUCACUCGAAACACGCUGCUAUCGGAGUUGUGGCCUUCAUAAUUUUUAAAUUGAAGAAGUUUGGAACCAGCAAGACUCUCCCUCAUGCUGGCCGCCCGGCCAAAUUGAUCGGGGAGAAGGGCCUUGGUCAGGAGGGGACCAAGAAUCCGAUGGCUGUCACGCUGUCUCGUCACAGAGGAAGGCUGUACUUCUCUGGUCUCAGGUCUGAGGUCAAACCCUCACACCUGAGAGAGCUGGACCUGAGCUACAAUCACCCAGGAGACUCAGGAGUCAGACUGCUCUCUGCUGGACUGGAGGAUCCACACUGCAGACUGGAGAAACUCUGUGUGGAACAUGGUGGAGAGUACACAAUGAAACCUGGGCUUAGAAAAUAUGCCUGUGAUCUCACAAUGGACCCAAACACAGUACACAGACUCCUCUCUCUGUCUGAGGAGAACAGAAAGGUGACAUGGAGGAGAGAGGAGCAGCUGUAUCCUGAUCACACAGAGAGAUUUAAGGACAGGGAACAGGUGCUGUGUGGAGAGGGUCUGACUGGGCGCUGUUACUGGGAGGUAGAGUGGAGUGGAAGAGGGGCUGUUAUAGGAGUGACAUAUAAAGGAAUCAGCAGGAGAGGAGAGGGUAAUGACUGUGUCAUUGGAUUCAAUGACAGGUCUUGGAGUCUACAAUGCUCUGACAACAGUUACUAUGCAAGGCACAAUGAUAAUCUCACUACAAUAGCCAUUCCCUCCUCCAGUUCCCACAGAGUAGGAGUGUAUCUGGACUGGCCAGCCGGCACUCUGUCCUUUUACAGAGUCUCCUCUGACACACUGACCCACCUGUACACAUUCCACACCACAUUCACCGAGCCCCUCUAUCCAGGGUUUAGGGUUUGGUAUGACUCCUCAGUGUCCCUGUGUCAGGUGGUCCCUGUGUCAAACACAACAUGAUGUUUCACUCUAAUCCUGGUCAUGUUCAGGUAGGCACACUGGAGCAACAAUGUAGAAUAUCUCUCUAGUGUGUAAACAUUUGAUUGUAAAUAUUCAUGAAUACACACCAUUGAUGUUGACAGACAUUGUCAACUGGAGUCAGUCAUUAAUAGAAUGAAUCACCACACUGUGUUGUAAAAACUGUUUUCAUUUAGAAAUAAUUGAUCUUGUUGUUAUUGGGCUUCUUGGUGUUUGUACAUAUUGUUGUCUGUAGAAUAUUAAUUUGUCAACUUCUUGACACAACAAUCUUGGUUUUGUUUAAACUCAAUUCCACUGAAUGAAAUGUACAUGUGACAGAUGUAAAUAAUAAAGUUAAUCAACCAGA